CAUGGACUUCCGGCCAGCUCACACAUCGAGCUUCCCUCCAGCGCGUCAGAUUUGACAACAGAAGCUACGCAGCCAAGUUUAUAGGAAGUUUCAAGUUUCGGCACAGCCAGUAAACACCUACAACUCAAUCUGUAGUGUGAAUUUGAGAGAUUUCGGUCAAUAUGGUUUUGCUGACAAUGAUCGCUCGGGUAGCAGAUGGACUGCCGCUUGCUGCAUCGAUGCAAGAAGACGAGCAGUCAGGAAGAGACWUGCAACACUACCAGAGCCAGGCUAAGCAGCUCUGCCGCAAACUCAAUGCCCAGAGCCCCAACAGAUGUACCCUGGAGGCUGGGGUCAUGUCUUUCCACUAUGUAUUAGAACAUGGUGUAUGCUACUUGGCCUUGUGCGAAGCUGUGUUUCCCAAGAAGCUGGUCUUUGGGUACCUGGAAGACCUCCAGACAGAAUUCCAUGAGCAGUAUGGAAAGAAAGUCCCCACAGUCUCCAGGCCGUACUCUUUCAUUGAGUUUGACACGUACAUCCAGAAAACAAAAAGAACCUACAUUGACAGCAGRGCACGGAGGAACCUGGGCAGCAUCAACACAGAACUGCAGGAUGUCCAGCGGAUCAUGGUGGCAAACAUUGAAGAGGUCCUGCAACGWGGAGAGGCCCUAUCGGCUCUCGACACCAAAGCCAGCAAUCUGUCCAGCCUUUCAAAGAAGUACCGCAGCGAUGCCAARUACCUCAACACCCGAUCCACCUAUGCUAAGAUAGCAGCCGGGGCAGUCUUCUUCAUUACACUUAUCGUCUAUGUGCGUUUCUGGUGGAUCUGAUGCGUAAGGACUGUGAAAGAGGAGAUAGUCUGGGUUCCCUUUAACCAAAUAUUAAAACUGUCAAUUGUAAUAUAUUAAGCUUUGCUGUUAACAGAAACCAUUAAGUUCCUACAUGGGUGCCUUAGGGGGAGGCUGGGACCUUGUACAUGGGUGCCUUAGGGGGAGGGUGGGACCUUGUGCAUGGGUGCCUUAGGGGGAGGGUGGGACCUUGUGCAUGGG